AUGGAUCCACUAUCAGUCACAGUGUCCGUUUCGUCACUGCUGGUCAUUGCGGCCAGGGUGGUUAAGGUCAUACACGACAUCCGAGGCGACUACAAAGAUGCGGAAUUCAUUCUCUGUUCUAUUGCCUCUGAGUGCACUGUGACGGAGGCCUUCGAUACGGCCCUCCUUGGAUGUGCUCUGACACUGUCCGUCCUCGAUGAAGAGCUCAGAAAACUUGUGCAGGGAGGAUUUAUCGAUACUAACGCUCUUGAGCCGAGAAAGCUCAAAUAUCUGGUUGAAAACGAGAGACUGAAAGAAUUGUUGCAGCAGAUUCGGGGCCAACUACUUGCCAUCACUCUGUUACUAAAUACAUAUCAGACUGAAUCAAUAUCAGAUCUCAAAAAAGCCGUGCAAGAGAACCAUAACAUUCUCAAGCAAAUUGCAAGCAGAGCGCGAUCACUAUGGCAGGAAAGCCAACACGGCGAUCCAGCACAACGUCCGCCUGAGGUCGUCUGCGGCGAACAGGACUCUGUCUUCGAGCUUUCAUCCAUCAUCACAGAUACGCGUUUUGAUUUCGAUGAUGAAAUACUGGACUCUCGGGCGUAUCGGAGGGCAUUAACCAAUAUCUAUUGGUCGACAAGCGGGGUGAGCUCCAGUAAACGCCACGCUGCAGUGGCUAAUGCCUGCCUGGUGUUACCAGAGGAGGAAGCUUCGUUGACCACAGGCGAAGUCAGCGAGUAUCGCAAACGCGCUGAUUUAGAAAAGCUUGGGGAAAGAUCAGAGCACGUUAUCACUGCUACAAAGGGCACGGACAACGUAGGCAAAUCCGCAUUACGGGAGGAGCCUAAAACGGCGCGCAGCUGGGAUCAGGACAAAGGGUCUACCCGUACCAUACAAGAGAUUACUGGCAGCAAUGCAGAGAACACUACAGCUCCGACAACUCUUAGUGAACAUAGUGCAACCUACCCUCAGGAUGGAGAGAUCGUGGCUCAAGAAGACGAUGAAGAUAAUGGAGAUGCAAAACCUAAGGGUCUCUCACAUACAACAUCACGUGAAGAAAUAGGUAAUUCACAUCAUGUCAAACCCACAGUCAGCGUAAUGGAUCUUCUACAAGCUGCAUGUAAGACCUGGGAGGUCACCAAGCAUUCUCGUCUCAGUACCUGGGAUGCACCAGGCGAGGCCAGACACCUCAUGAACGAAGUCAGCUCACUACAAAAGGUCUUCUCCAUCUUACAGGAUAACACUAAUAUUCGAGAAGCUACAAUCCCUAGAGUUCUUCGAGCCGACUGUGGGACCACAAUGGUCUUCUUGCAUAGCACAGUUUUAAAUAUCCUGGCACAACUCAAUUUGGUGGAUUCAGAUGGCUUACGUACUUUUUGGGAGUCCAGUCAGGGCACAUUUGAAAGAGCAACGAUGUCCGAUCUUCAGAAUGAACUGGCGGUGCACAGGCGCCGGUUUCAGCAAUAUUUGAACGAUUCACGAGAGCCUCCGUAUUCGCCCACCCAUACCAACAAGGCAAGCCAGCUGCCAACAUUGAAUAAACGAGACUGCGAACCGCAAACGUCGGUGAUCCGACCAGACCAGCGAGAAUCUAAUCCCGUGAACUUCGAAAAUCCAUGA